UUCUGUUUUCACAUUAAAUGCAAAAGAUGGCCGCUCCAGAAAGAGAUAAUCCCCUGUUUAUGUCAUGGUACAACAGUGCCUGGAUUCCUCAUCUGAAUCGAGCCAAUAUUAUGGACUACUUCGCAGAUCGGAGCAACCCAUUCUAUGACCGCACCUGUAACAAUGAGAUUAUUAAGAUGCAGAGAGUCAAUCCGGAACAACUCAAGUCAAUGACCGGUCUUGAGUAUGAGUUACUUCAUGUGCAAGAACCAAUCCUCUAUGUCAUACGAAAACAACAUCGUCACACAGUGGAACACACCACACCACUUGCCAACUUCUACAUCAUUGCAGGCACAGUCUACCAAGCGCCAGACCUGUGCUCUGUGCUCAACUCUAGAAUGUUGACAGGCGUGCACCACAUUGAGUCAGCGUUUGAAGAAGCUCAAUCGUUCUCUCGUUAUAAUCCCAGUAAGGGAUACUGGUGGGAGUUCAACAAUAAAGACCAAGAACAAUCCGAAGAGAAUAAGAAGAAGAAGAAGAAGGAUGAUGCUCCUAGCUCGAUGUUCCAGAGGCAGAGAGUGGAUGACCUUCUCCUGGAGCUGGCUCGGAAAUUUCCUCCAAAAGUCAUCCAGACCAAACCUGGUGACAAACCUGUACCGGUGGAAACAGAGCAGAACGUCAGUAAUACUGUCAUCAUUAAGGAAGAGCCUAAAGAUGAACCAGGACAGCAACCACAACAACUGCAGCAAGUCAACAGCAACACCGGCCAACCUGCAGGUGCUGUUGCUGCCCCAAAUUCUGGCGCCUUUUUCUCUGGUGGUAUGAAAGUGCCCAUUGUCAAGAAGAGAAAGUUAGGAAAAUGAGGGUAUUGUGAUGGAAGUAGACGUCUUUGAGGAAAAUUGACUGAAGGUCCUUACUCGAGAGUUGGUCUUGGUGAACGAACUUAAAACCAGCCAACCAUGUCAGCCGAUUGGUCUCCACUUUGAGCAAUAAAGAUAUGCUACAAGUGCCUCAGCCGAUGUUUUGUUCAGGUGGAGAUGCUCCUGUGCAAGCGUACCCUAAACAAGAGAGACACUAGCCGACUGUCACUGGAUAGAUCAGACGCCAUCUGAUAUUGCUUAAUGGAAAGUGAAGGAAUUCGGAAGAGCUCCUUUUUGUAGGUUCAUCACUGUCUGUGGAAAAAAAGACCCUGCCCGUCUUUGAUUCAGAGCAAUAUAACCGAGAUGAAGCAGAAAGGGGAAUUGGUCGGGCUCCCCAAUGAUGUCAAACUUUAAAAGAGAUUGAAUUGAACAAAUAAAGGAGAAGUUUCCAUUUCUUGCCACUUGAGUAAAUUGAAAACUAAUUUAUUUCAUAGCGAAUGAAAAAGUAGUGGCAGUAAACACGCAAUGUUGGUAUCAACUGGUGUCCUAAUUACCUUCCUUGUUCUGUUGGAGAAGUAUGCAAACAAACUUAAACAAGGUGGCAACUUUCAACGAUCUUCUCACUAGCCCUCCAACUUCUCGGUUGCAAAAUGAAGUCUGCGGUGAACAUUUUAAACUGAUUCGAUCUGGUGGGAAAAUAUUUCGUCGGGAGAGAAUAGCGUGCCUCCGGGCCCAUUCACUGAAAACACUGGCCACUAUGAUCCCUUCCUCAAAUUGAAUUCAAACCCACUGAAGUGUUACUGUAGAUAGCUUGUGUUUCUACCGCUGGCAGCAAAGGCAUUAGGGCAUAAGGCAUUGAGAAAUAAAGUUCCUUUUAUCAUCCAAUAAUAACUGAUAAGAUGCCUUUGUCAGCGAACAGUUUGUGCAUAAUUCCACGAAACAAAUUGUUCAUGUUCAACCAUGAGGGUAGACCUCACAAAUUGAGACGCCAAUUGGGGGGGGGGGGUCCGAGACAAACUGGAAGAG